UAACGGGAGGGUUUGCACGCCUUUUCGACCGAAUUACGAUUCGCGCGCAGUGUAAAAAAUGCAGUGAAGUGACAUUUGUAAAAGUUGGAAAAAAAUAUGUGUUUAUUCAAAGUGAGUGUGGUAAAAUUUUGAAAAAAAAAACGAGUGAUUUUUUAGUGAUGUGUUAAGUGAUUUUCGGUGUGGAUCCCACGACAGCAAUGUCGGUGGAGGGCCAACGAUGCCUGUGUGUUGUAGUGCUGCUCAUACACACAGUCACGGGCGCUGGAGAAGGUCCAUCAUCAUCAAUACCGACCUCCUCCUCAUCAUCAGUGAAGCCGGACCAGAACGAGCUGACAGUCACCUUCCCUCCGCUCGAUGAUCUAUACAGCAACACUCCUGAGAAGCACUUCGGAACUGAGAACAAUACCGUGGUGACCUCACAGACGGGGUCCACUGCUUUAUUGCCGUGUGUCAUCAGGAAUAUUGGGGAUGGCAUUGUAUCAUGGAUAAGAAGAAAAGACUACCACCUGCUAACAGUUGGCCUGACCACAUACAGUUCGGACCAAAGGUUUCAGGCUAUUCACUUACAGCAUUCAGAGGACUGGACGCUGAAAGUAAGAUUUGUACAGAAGAGGGACGCUGGCAUCUACGAGUGCCAAGUCUCCUCCCACCCUCCCACGAGCAUCUUUCUAAGACUUGACGUCGUCGAGGCGCGAGCCCAGAUCUCAGGGCCUACGGAGAAGUACCUGAAGCCUGGAUCAACGUUACGACUCCAGUGCUCCGUGGUACAAACUACAGAGGCACCGGCUUUUGUAUUCUGGUACCACAACAGCAGAAUGAUAAACUACGACGUGGAACGAGGUAUCAACGUCACCACGGAUCCUGUACAGAGACUAUCCGAUCUGCUGAUACCCGCAGCAAGCGUCUCGCAUGCGGGCAACUACACCUGUGUGCCGAACAACGCUGUUCCUGCUAGUAUAUACGUCCAUAUUUUUAAUGGUGAAAACCCCGCCGCUAUGCAGUCUUCUUCGCCUAGUUUCAUCAACCGUCUACAUAAUAUCUUAUUACCAACCCUCAUCAGUUAUAAUCUGAUACGGUGACAAUUUCACUAGCUCAUCAACUGAAAAUGUACCCUAUAUGUAAUAGAGAAAUGGUUUAUUUUUGCGUGGAGUGAAAUUUGACGUAUAAAUUUGAAGGGUUAUUAGGAGUAACGAGAGCGUUGAGUGUACAUGUGUUUUUACUUUGGCUGGUUUUACUUUAUUUAGAGCCUCGUUUUCAGAAUUGUUUGUUGCUUACAAGGUAAAAAUAUCAGGCUGAUCGAAUUUAUCAUCUAUUUUUAUCUUGUUAAAGGUGAUAUUUGUUUGGCUGAAUGUUUUCAUCUGGAAUAAUUUUUCGUAGAAACUUUCAGUUAUUCAUUGUUUUUAAAGCGUCACGUGAACUCUUUUGUUUAUCGAUUUUCGUAUCUAUGAGUAAUGGUAUUUAGUCUUUAUUUGAUUACAGUUUAAAAUAUUACACUAUUAAUAUCAUACUAGAAGCGCAUCCUAGUUUAGCACUGAUGCUAUUCCACGGCUUUUCUUGCGAAUAGGUAUAAUGACGGGGAAUAAAAAAUCAAAAUCUACUUAGUUCCUCGGUUAGGUAAUAGAAAAAUAUUUGACAAGUAUUUUUUUAUUCAGUCAUAUAAUAAAACAAAAUUUUAACUAUGUAGGCCCAACAGUUUCGGUAAUAAAUGGCUGUGACAUACGGACGGACAAACGGACAGACAGACAUGAUGAAUCUAUAAGGGUUCCGGUUUUUGCUAUUUGGCUACGGAACCCUUUUUUUCGGGAAAAUCAUCCAAUGACUUCUCUCGCCUUACGCGAGGCGAGAGGGAGAGUUAGACUCUUACUGCAUAAAAACCACCCCAUUCCUACUCCUGCUUUUCAAGCUGGAGCUCCGGUAAACCCGCUAGGUAGUUCGCAGCUCCGGAAAAUUAAAAACCUAUAGCUGUACCAUCUAAAGCUUUUAUUGAAAAAUAAAAUUCUUAACACAAAACCAUCAAUAUUUUUUUACCCACUUUCAAGAGAACCUUGCUAUCUUACGCUACGGUUAUUAGUCUUAUUUGUAAAUGGAAAUUUUAUCCUCGUUCCUCUCAUUAGAGACCUCCGAUGCAAUCAGUGAGCCUUCCCAUCGAUGUGGGUCAAGAGAUCGCCACUUAUAUACGUACUUAUCUGGUUCUGUGAGUAGAUUGGUUCGUAGCGAGGUAUAACUGUUAAUCCGGAUUUGAUCAUUGGUGGUCAUUCAUUAUACUCAAAGGUCACUGUAAUUAAGACGCUUUCAAAAAUAAUUCUGUCAAUAACAACUAUUCAACAACUAGGCAGAGAUGCAUUACGGCACGUAAUGCCGCUAUAGAAUGUACACUCACUUUUCACCAUUUAUGUUAUUAAGUCCCAUGUAAUAAAGGGUGAGUUUAUUGCUAUGCACUGGGCAGAAUUCCAGACUCUGUGCAACUCAAAUACUAGAAAUUCUCCGACAUCUUUAAUUGAUUUUUGUCUGGACUUUAAAACAGACUAUGCCCUUUGAUUUUGUUUCGUCAUUUCUUCUCAGAGUAGUCCGAUGGGAAAUGCCAGCCUCAUCUAGUUAUUUGAGAGAUUGACGUGUAAAAGAGUUACAUUGUAACCUAUUUGCAAAAAUAAAUAUCAUUUUAUCAUUUACAAAUAUUUAUUGAUCAAGCUCUACACUUUAGAACAAUGGCCAAUGAAAAUAAAUUUAUCUAAAAUUAGAAAGGGAGUGUCUCAAGUUUAAACGGUUUUAAUGGAAGGCAUGUAGCCAAGUCUUAAUUAUGACAUUAAAGGGUUUCAGUGCAUUGCGUCUGACGUUUUGAUAUUUUGAAUCAAUUUGAGAGCCCGUUAAUGUAACGUUUGGACGGUUAAAAUUUUACGCUUUGAAGAAGAAAUGGAGUUUAAAAUGAAAUGAAAGUGUUAUAUUGGUUUUAAAUUGACUUAUUAGCUGGAACUGCAGUUACAGUUUAUUAAAAACUAGUUUCGGUCAGCGGUUUCACCCGCGUUCUCUUGGGAUAAAAAUUAUUAUAUCACCCCUAUCAUGUAUAACAAAUUUCAUCAAAUUCCUUUCAGUAAAUUUCAUAAAACAACGCUUGCGUUGUGUUUCGUUGUGUGAGUGAGGUUAUCGUAAGCCCAAUUACCCCCCUUCCCAAUGUUUCCAACCCCUGAUUCACCAACAACUCUAAAAAUUCUGAACCCCCAAAAGUCCGACAACAUAUUUGUAACUGCUCUGGUGUUUCGAAUGUCCGACGCGGGCGACGACGAUUGCUUACCAUCACGUAAUCCGUCUACUCAUUUACCGGCUUAUACCACAAAAAACACCCAGACUUUUUGUACUCAACAAAUCUAUUAUUCAAUAACCUUUUAAAGCGCCGCCCAUUAUGCGUCGUAUAGCUAAUUUUAAUAGCACUUUUAAGCAAUGCCUUUAUAAAAUCGUAAUGAUUACAAUUGUUUGCAGUAGCGACCUCUCGCUUCUCAAUGGAUUGUUGGACCCUUUCGUUUUAAUGGUCUCCGUUGCUGUAGCUAUAAAGUUUUAUGGAUUGAGAGUUUCCUUGAGAAUUUAAAGAUUUCGCCUUUUUACCUUGAAGAAAAAGGGGUCGGCUAUCCGUACUUGCAGUUUUAUUCUUUGAAAGUUAUACUGUGGUUAUGGCUUGGAGAGUUAUAUGGUUGUUGCUAUUGGUUAAUGGUUUAAGGUGACUUUCAUUUAAAGUAGAGGUGAUGAUAUUAUUUCUUUGUUGAGAGUUUUGAGAUAUCAUUUCCAAGCGUUCAGUCUUCUUUGUCGUACUUAUUAUUGAAAGCAGUUAUACUUGCUUCACACAUAGGACGCCUUUAGUUUUGGUACAAUUUCCUUGGUGUUUGACGACUGGGCUUCUCUUGUUUUAGAUUGUAUCGUUUAUCGAAAAAAAAAUAUAAAAGAAAUUAUAAAGAAAUUAUAAAGAAAAUACACUAUACCUAACACAUACAUUCUCAAGUUUUAGGCACAAUUCCAAACUACACUUAGCAUUAAAAAUUUCGACGACACACAACCUAAUAAUUCUUUACCUCAACUGGGAAUUGAAACAAGGAAACUUCGUAACAAGGCAGUAGAAAUGAAGAGUGUAGGUUCUUUUUAAAACGAGAAAGGUUUCAAAAUUGACGAAGUGAAUUGGAUUUGUCGCUUUCUCGAUGUAUCGUGGUGAAAGCAUGACCCAUUUUUAUUGAAAAGUCGAGUAAAAGGUAUACCGUAAGUGUACAUUCAAGAUGGAAGGAUGAAAUAUCAGAAACUGUGUAUCGUCACGCCUUUUAUCCCCGAAGGGUUAGGCAGAGGUAUUUUUUUAUACCUUGUCCCACACUAUGAUUUUCUCCAGUGUCGUGGGUGCGUUUACAAACAUACAAGUUCACAUACACAUGACACCCCGACCCGAAACAACAAUUUGUGGAUCACACAAAGAGUUGCUCCGUGCGGGAAUCGAACCCGCUGCACGUUGCGUGGCAGCCGCUUGCCCAGCCACCGCGUCAACUGUGCAAACUGCAGGUGCACAUUACGGCACGUAAUGCCGCUAUACAAUGUACACCAUGCCUCGCAAAGUACGUUAAGCCGUUGGUCCAAAUGUCAAUUGCUUCAAUUUGCCAUUUAAAAAUUUGACUGCACGGUUGGCGUGGUGGCUGGGCAACUGGCUGCCGUGCAGUGAUCCACAAAUUGUUGUUCCCGGUCUGGGUAUCAUGUGCAUGUGAAAUUGUAUGUUUGUAAACGCACCCACGACACAGGAGAAACUCCUAAUGUGCCCCACAUUAGGAGUUUCUCUUAACGUUUUUUUAAAAAAAAAAAAUUAAACACCUACGCAUUAACCAGAAAACAAAUGACGUCACACUGCAGGAACUUAUAACACAAAUGGUGAAAAGUGGGUGUACAUUGUAUAGCGGCAAUAGUUGCCGUAAUGUACACCUCUGCCUACCCCUAAUGUAGAUACAUAAUAUAGCAUAACAUGUAAAAUGUAGUUGUGAAAUCCAAUUUGGCUAAUGUGUUUUCCAUUAGAAUACAAUUUCUUCGUACGAAACGAUGACCCGACAAUUUUGGAGACACAAAUAAAUUACUGGUAACUACGGUUGAUUCAUUUUGCAAAUUGGUGCAAUUUAUACGUUUUGUAUGGAGAUAGUUUACAUGAAUUUCUAUUAUACGUUUAAUGGUAUUUUUUUGAGGGGGGGUUAUCCAAUGACUUCUCUCACCUUGGGCGAGGCGAAAGGGAGUGUCAGACUCUUACUGACUAAAAGCCACACCGUUCCUACUCUUGCUUUUCAAACUGGAGCCCCGGUGAUCUACUAGGAAGCCCGCAGCUCUGGAUGACUUUGUUCUAAAGGGGUUAAAGUUAUACAGUUAUUAUACUUUUUUGAAAAGAGUAAGGCCGCGAACGCACAGGCAGGUGGCUUGCUUAGCGCCUAGUGUCAAGCGCGUCACCUAACGAGUAGCCCAGUAAAACGAACGUUCUAAAAUGAACGCGACCGGCUGCACUGCGCGCUUAGCGCCUAGCUAGUCGCUUGGCGUGCAUCCAUGUUCAUUUUAGAACGUUCGUUUUACUGGGCUACUCGCUAGGUGACGCGCUAGACACUAGGCGCUAAGCAAGCCACCUGCCUGUGCGUUCGCGGCCUAACGUUGGAGUUUCUUUGCUCGUUCUUCGCCAUUCGAAGCUUUACUUUGGAACAGCAUUUAGCUUCACUGACAGACUGACUGACGGACAAUUUAAUUUGACGUUUCAAAAGUAUUGAGGAAUUGAGGAUUAAUGGUAAUAAAUGCUUUGUCUUCGACGUCAGUCAAAGUCAAAGUCCCACUUUUUACCUUCAAUACUGUUGUAUUGAUGAAAAAGCCAUACAUUCUCGUGUCAGGCAAACUAUUAUUAUUUUUGCCCAGCCUGAGUAGGGAACAAAAAAUUCUGAAUUCAUCAAAAACCGAAUAAAAUUUUUAAUCAUAUCAAUACACCGCUCUUUGACAGUGACAUGCUUGUUAUUGACAGCGACUGUAUUACGUUGCAAUAAAGGUGUUUUUUGCUUGUAAACUUGACGUGCGGUCAGCGUUGUACAAUGUAAAAUGAAAUCAAUAUGGUUGAAACUAACUUUCUUAGAAUUUGUUACAAUGAUAGCUUUAUAUCAAGCUUCUUGUUUAGGUACUGAAAAAAUGGUAGAUGAUAAAGUCACCGCACACAUAAACGGCAUGGCUCCGUCAAGGCGUUUUUGCAUUGAAAACAAUACAAAAAGCUGCAAGUGCGCUGCCAACUCGCGGCCGGCACACUUACAGCUUUUUGUAUUGACAUUACAAAAUAUAUCUUAUGACAUAAGAUUUAAUGUUCAAAUUUAAAUGGCAAGUUUAUAAACGGCUCGUUUACGGGCAUAUUUUAUAAAAAAAAACUGUACAGGUUUAUCAGAAAGCAUUGCAUGUAAAGUUUCUUAAUCAACUCAUUCGAUUCCCGAGGGAAGAAUUGCAGUGGUUCAUGUAUACUACUUUAUCAUCAGCACAUGACCAGGCCAAAUUUCAAAUAUACGGUAAAAGGUAACCUUGAAAAUUUCACUCCACGCAAAUUAUUUAUGUAAAAAAACACGUUUUUAAAACUAAUGUAUUAUAAUUAAAUGUAUGAAGAUGAUGAAUGAAUUUGUAUUAAUAAUAAGUUAAAAGUUAACUAACCUUAGUUCAUACCUCGUUCAUCAAAUGGUUGCAAGUUGGACUUUGUAUCGAGAAAUUUGAUCGACUUUAUCAGUCAUCGAUAUAUCAGACUAAAUAGGUUUUUAAUUUUCAUACGCAUUCAUCGUCUCUACUGUCUAUUAACGAUUAACAUUCUUGGGAUGUUUUUCUACCAGAAAUGUGUUUUGUAGUUAUGCUACAAAGAUGUAAUAGCUAAGCUGUGAAACUAUGUGACCGUUUCCACUAAUACUCAGCUAUGUAGCUGUGCGAGGAAGAUGCGCAACUCUGGUAUACAAUGUAUAAAUAAAGAAAACCAUCUAUAGCACACAUCUUUCCAUAUAAAAAACAUAGCUUAGCUGAGUCCGUUUUCACCGGUGCUAAGCUAUAUGUACCAAUGAAUAUGAAUGGUGGAAGCCAAAGGCAUCCACAUUAACAAACUUCAAAAAUGUAUACAUAAGUAUGUAACAAGCACGUAAAUUCUUAAAAAAGCCAUUUAUUUUGUAAUCAAGAGACUUAGAUACCAUCAAAAAUUUCUUACCAUCAAUAUUAUGUUAUCGGCUUACUCACGUAACUGUUUGAUGAGGAAUUCGACAAGUUUCAAGCCACGCUCAUUCCACAGAAUAAGCUAUCGUCGGCGGCACUUCCAAACCGAUACGACCUUCAAACUUUCCAGAAUAGAGCAUACUUCUUUUUAAAAGACUGCCAAAGUAACUGUGACUCCUCUGGUGUUGCGGUUGUCCAUGGGCGGCGCUGAUCGCUUACCAUCAGGUGACAGGAAUGCUCGUUUGUCCCCUUAUCCAUAACAAAAAUGCUAAAGGCUCAUAUUCAUGAGGAUCAUUCCGGGAAACACGACGCGUUGACUGUCAUACUGCUAUUAAACUAGUCGAGCUCCUCGUCAAACAGUUACGUGAGUAAGCCGCUAACAUAAUAAUCAAUUUAGUAUGUCUCACGAAAGUUAUAAUAAAAUUUCUUACCAUCUCUCUCACACUUACAUAAGCCAUCUAUGUAGUAUAUUAGAUCACUAUCUUAGUAAAUAGUAUGUGUAUAUAUGUAUGUACAAUUGUAAUUGUUAUCCAAUAUUGUUUAUAUUGAAUUUGUGUACAUUUUUACUCCUUGAAUACGUUAUGUUUUGUAUAACUAUUUCUAAAAUUGGAGUUUAAUUUAUUGACAGAGGUGAUUAGUAUUUAAGUUAUAAAAAUUAAAGGAUCAAUCAUAGUCUUGAGGUUUUAAAAAUCUGUAUAAUAUAUACACCUAUUUUUUAUGUUUAAUAUUUUUCAGUAAACUAUGGUUGAAAAAACUGACUUUACUGUCUUUUUGAAGUAGGUUAAUAUACCAAAAUCUGGUCCCAAGUGUAACAAACACUUUUUUGAAAACCGUUUCAAAAUUGGUUCGGCAAAUUGUAAGAUAAUUGCGCACAAACGUACAUACAUACACCCAGGUCAAUAAAAGAACAUCUUUCUUUAUUUGAAGUCGUUAAAAAAUAAAAUAACUUCGUAAAAUCACAGAAAAUUAAAAAAACUGAAACACUCAAUAUAAUCGUUUACUAAAACAAGUCAGUACCCUCAGUAGUGCGCGAUAGGCGUUCUGAUUGACCGGCUCGAAUAAAACAACCAAUCAAAGCGCCGAAAGCGCUCUCGUUUCCAUUACGUUUAACGUAAAGCAAACUCAUACUAAGGGUACUGAUAAUUUAAUCCGGAGCUGCGAACUACCUAGCGGGUUUACCGGGGCUCCGGCUCGACAAGCAGGAGUAGGAACGGGGUGGUUUUUAGUCAGUAAGAGUUUGACACUCUCACUUUGCCCUGGCGAGAGAAGUCAUUGGAUAAUUUUCCCCCCUGAAAAAAAAGGGUACUGAUAGUCAAACCUUUUGUACGCUAUCAUAAAAUCCUCUGUGAAUAAAUUCCUAGUCUAAAAUGUAUAAUAUGGUUUUAAACUCUAUUAUAUUAUAUACUAGACAUUAUAUAAAUAAAUAAAACUGUAAAUAAAACUUAGUGUAAAUGUGAUAACGCUCAUAUUAAAAUGUCUGUAAAAUUGUAAAUACUACCACAUUAUGUACUAAAUGUAAGUCGAGCCGCGUAUUAUAUAAAAUAAUUGUUCAUUUU